CCAGACACACUGACACACACUUUACGUACUGAUAAACGAGGAAGGCCUUAACCUUAAACCUGUCGAUCGAAGCCGAUGGGUGCAGCUUAUGAUGUCGCCGUGCGCGGUCUUGGCCUGGCCGUGGCGGCCGCGCUCCUGGCGUGCCGGUGCGCGGCGCAGACGCCCUCCGGCUCGGGCUGCAUGCCGGAGCUCGUCAGCCUGUCCCCGUGCAUGGACUACAUGUCGGGCAACGCGACGACGCCCGACGCGCCGUGCUGCUCGGCGCUCUCGGGCAUGCUGAGGUCGAGCCCAAGCUGCCUCUGCAUGGUGCUCGGCGGCACGGCCGCGUCGCUCGGCGUCGCCAUCGACAGCGCCCGCGCGCUGAAGCUUCCCGGGGCGUGCAGGGUCCAGGCCCCACCUGCCAGCCAGUGCAACGCCGUGGGAGCUCCAGUGCCGUCUCCGGCGGCAGGCACGACGACACCCGACGCUCCGGCCACGCCGUCAGACGCAAACGUCACCCCUGCAGGGUCUCGAUCAAAGGCAACUCCAACAUCCACCACUCAGUACUCUGACGGAUACGUCAGAAAACCGGGAACUGUCUUCGUCUUCGUCGGUGCCGCAGCGCUGGCACUGCUUCAUCGUUUCUGAGAUGCCAGUGCUUCUUGUGUCCAGCGUGGACUAUGAACUCAUUUCCUAGGACGAAUCCUUUGUAAAUUUGUGGGUCUUUUUGCUUCAGCAACCUGAUGGAGUGAUGGAGCAUUCUUCCAGUUCGCUUUAUAAAUUGCAAUGAAUUCUCUCUC